UGAAGUGAAGUAUGAACUGGUCUUUUGGGGACUUGAAACAAAAUGGCCCCCGCAUUUGUGAAGAAAAUAUGGAAGACUGUGCAAGGGGUGUUUGUCUUCAUACUCAAGUCGACAGUGGGCUACAUGCCGAUGAUGUUACUGCGAGUGAUCAGCCGCAAGAUUAACGAGCGAACAGCCGUGAUGUCGGCACAACAUCAGCGAGAGUACGCUCAACAGUUGGCGAGUCGGAUGCGAGGCGGGCCGAGACCACAGCAACCUGUUGGCACACACUACCAGCCUCCUUACUACUACAACGAACCUGCGUACGGCCGGGAGAUAUACAGCGGGCUGGAUAUCACCUAUGAGUAGCAGCCGUGAAUGGGGAACACUACCCUUUGGAGACAAGUGAGGUCCAACAGAAUAUUCUACCCCUGAAUAUCGCCUACCUCAUCCACAUGAAACAUGUGUUCAUAGUUUAAUGUGUGAACUAAUUUGUGACUUUUCAUGAACUCUUUCUCAAUAAUUAAUUGAGAAUUUUCAAGUUUUCAUCAAAUUAGUGUAUGGUGUACAAAGUCUUUA